GCGGGGGCGGGGCCAGGCGGCGGUCCGCGCCUUUGUGCCCGGCGCGCGCUCUCCGCCCGCUCCGGCUGCAGCGCCGGCUGCAUCAAUAAUUCAGAGCGGCGGCGGCGGCGGCAGCGGCGGGUGCGAGCAGGAGGCGGCGGAAGCAGCGGGGACCGAGCGGUAGCGGCUAUGCAUCCAAGUACGGCUGGGCAGCCGCGGCACCCCUGAGGCCCGGGCGGGGCUCCGGGAGCAUCGCGCCGGGGGCACGCUUGCCUCGGAGUGCAAGGAAGAGCAGUAGUGUCCGGAGCGGCGUCUGCGAAGCUGCGCACGGAGCUGAGGAGGGGGCUUCGGAGUGGGGCUGGGGCGGGGGGGGGCGGCUGGCGCAAGCAGCCCCCGGGGUGGGGGGCGGGGUGGGCGCCGGCGUCGCGAUGCUGGGCGUCGUGGAGCUGCUGCUGCUGGGGGCGGCGUGGCUGGCGGGCCCGGCCCGCGGGCAGAAUGAGACGGAGCCCAUCGUGCUGGAAGGCAAGUGCCUGGUGGUGUGCGACUCCAACCCCACGUCCGAUCCCACCGGCACAGCUCUGGGCAUCUCUGUACGCUCUGGCAGCGCCAAGGUGGCUUUCUCUGCCAUCAGAAGCACCAACCACGAGCCGUCCGAGAUGAGUAAUCGCACUAUGAUCAUCUACUUUGACCAGGUACUAGUGAACAUCGGGAACAACUUUGAUUCUGAACGCAGCACUUUCAUCGCCCCGCGCAAAGGGAUCUACAGUUUUAACUUCCACGUGGUUAAAGUCUACAACAGACAGACCAUUCAGGUGAGCCUCAUGUUAAAUGGGUGGCCGGUGAUUUCAGCCUUUGCUGGUGACCAGGACGUGACCCGGGAGGCUGCCAGCAACGGAGUUCUAAUCCAGAUGGAGAAAGGCGACCGAGCAUACCUCAAGCUGGAGCGGGGGAACUUGAUGGGGGGCUGGAAGUACUCGACCUUCUCCGGAUUCCUGGUGUUUCCCCUCUGACUGGCUCAUUGCCGGAAUGGAGGCAGGGAGAGGGCGAAGGCAGGAGGAAGGCAGGAGAGAGAAUGAGAAAGAGGCUGAAAUUUAGAGGACGAGAAAGCCGAAGGACUUGAAACUUCCUACAUGUUCCCCAGCUGUAUCCGGGUAAAAGGUGCGCGCCGGGGGAUCGGACUACUCUGUCCGUUUCCUCAAUAGGAAAAGUAAAUUCCGCUUAGCUCUGCGCACUCCCAUUUCCAAAAAUAAACUCGUCUCCCCGAUUCCGGUUGAAGUAAUCAAGAAA